AUGGGGGAGGCUGUCCAAGCAGCCGCAAGAAAUUGGGGAGUUAGAAUGGUUCAAUCCACUCCAUACAAUCCUCAAUCGAAUGGCCAAGCUGAGGCCAGCAAUAAAGUUAUAAAGGGAAUUUUGGGAAAAAUGAUUGAGAAUAAUCCCAAAGAAUGGCAUUCCCUCCUUUCUAAUACUCUAUGGGCAUAUAGGACCUCACGAAGGUCUGGUACCGGAAUGACACCAUUCGCACUCACAUAUGGUCAUGAUGCUGUUCUUCCCCUCGAGAUAUCCGUGAGAUCAUUGAGGGUGGCCCGUCAUGGCAAAUGGAGUAAGGAUGAGUACAACCAAGCCAUGGUGCAAGAGUUGGAUGAUCUUGACGAAGUGAGGUUGGAUGCCUUGGACAAGCUCAAGGCACAAAAGGAAACGAUGGCCCGAGCAUACGCCAAAAGAACUAAGGCCAAAAGUUUCAGAGUUGGGGAUUUGGUGUGGAAGACCAUCCUUCCGAUUGGAUCUAAGGAUCCUAAGUUUGGCAAGUGGUCUCCGACUUGGGAAGGCCCAUUCCUCAUCCACCAAAUUUUACGAAAAGGAGCCUAUAAGUUGAGUGACCGAAAGUGA